UCUACUGGUUUUGUCUGACCUGACCACCGGUUCCUUUCCUGUCCUCUUUAUUAGGAAACGUGUCGCUUGAAAACGUGAAAUCCUUGUAAUCGGAUUUUAUCUGUGUUUUUUCAUAAAAAUCUUCAAAAGAAAUAAUCAGAAUGCCUCCUAAAUUUGAUCCAAAUGAAAUAAAGAAAGUAUAUUUACGAUGCGUUGGUGGUGAGGUAGGAGCUACUUCGUCCCUUGCUCCUAAAAUCGGUCCUCUUGGUUUGUCCCCAAAAAAGGUUGGUGACGACAUUGCCAAAGCUACCAGCGACUGGAAAGGUCUGAAAAUCACUGUUCAACUGACUAUUCAGAACAGACAAGCUACGAUUUCGGUUGUGCCAUCUGCUGCUUCUUUGAUCAUCAAGGCUCUUAAGGAGCCACCUAGAGACCGAAAGAGGCAAAAGAACAUCAAGCAUAGUGGCAAUCUGACAUUUGACGAUAUCGUUUCUAUUGCCCGUGCUAUGAGAUCAAGAUCGAUGUCGCGAACACUCGGUGGCACUGUUAAAGAGAUUUUGGGCACGUGUCAGUCGGUGGGAUGCACUGUGGAGGGCAGACCACCUCACGAUCUGAUAGAUGACAUUAACGCUGGAGAACUGGAAGUUCCAGAAGAAUAAUUGAUUUUGUAAGGUGCAGAGAAUAAAAAUGUUUUAAAAUUUAACAUUAA